AUGCCUGCAGCAGAGAGAAAUAACCCAGGUGGGGGGUGUAUUGAGGCCUUCAGCAGCCUUUUUGAUUUGUGUUUAAAGGCUUUCCUGCAGCGCCACUCUGCUCUUCUUUCAGAAGACUGCAGCAGCAGCAGCAGCAGCAGCAGGUUCGAGCUGCCGCAGGACUUGCUGCUGCAGCUACAAGAAGAAACAGGCAUCUCCAUUGACUCCGCAGCUGCUGCAGACGCUGCCAGCAGCAGCAGCAGCAGCAGCAACAACAGCAACAACAACAACAGCAGCAGCAGCAAGGAGCUGAGGGAGUCCUGGAGCUCGGACUUAUACCGAUGUUUGCUGCUGCUGCACAAGGUGUACAGACACCUCAGACUAAUUUCACCCAAUGAAUCUGCAGACGACAUCUCUACGUCUGUUAUCAGGUAUUUGCUGCUGCCUUACUGCCUCGGUUUGAUGUUACUGGAGCGCCCGGGGCCGCUGCAAGACCGCCCGGUGCUGCUUCGCGAGGCGCAGUUGUAUUUGCUGGAGUAUUUGCACAGCGUUGAGUGCGCUGAGCUGCUGAGUCAAGAGGAGGCAAAACGCCUGGAGGAGACACUCGACUCCGUCUCCGAUCCAGCAGCAGCAACACCCCACACCUUCCCUCGCAUCACAGACCCCGCUGCACGCAGGCAUGCUGCUGCUGUUGCUGCUGCUGGUGCUGCUGCUGUUGCUGCUGUUGAUAAUGCUCAUGGUGCUGCUGCUGAUGCUGCUAAUGCUAGUGCUGCAGCUAGUGCUGCUGCUGCUUGCGCUGCAGUUGCGCAUGCUGAUGCUGCUGAGGAUGUUGCUGCUGCUGCUGCUGUUGAGGUUGCUGCUACGGCUGCUUCGCCUUGGGCCCGAGACGCCGCUGCUGAUGAUGCGCAUAGCGAACGACCAGGCUGCCACAUCUCGGAGCUCCCCGCCGAAGCCAAGUCAACCGCCUCCGGCUCCACAGCGCCCUUGGGCUGCAACUUUUAUCUCCCUACGAUGAGUCUGGCGGAGUGCGCCGACAUUGAAAUGGAGAUGGAGACGAAGCAAAUUGGGGCAGCGAAGCCGAAAGUUGUUGUGGAGUUCUCCACUGGGGAGGCGAGACAAGCGGCAAAGGAAGCGGAGGAGAUGGAGGCUAGGGCCUGGGAUGACUGGAAGGAUGAGAAUCCGAAAGGGUCGGGCAAUAAAAUGUGGAAUAGAGGGUAG